AUGACUACCGUUGUCCCGUUUCCUAUUCUCCGUCUUUCUAACUCGGCUCUUCAGAAGGUUAUGCAACAACUGAGCCUAGUGGAACGAAUUUAUUUAUCGAUUGUCUCCAACAAAAUGAAGCAACUUAUUAUUACAACGUUGAAUCAACGCCAAAAUCUUGUUCCUCUUACCCUGACACCGUCCUCAAUUCAAUUACGUAUUGUUCUCAAUUCUACUAAGUUGGUGGUAGUCAACUUUAAGACGGAUGAUCCAAACUUUCCUGUUGAAAUAAUCGAAAGCAGUCGUCACGAAUCGAUAUCUUCAAACCUGAAUGCCACAGGAAUGUCAGUGAAACAAUGGAUUGAACAUAUUGUUCCUGUGCUUUGUGGAAACAAUGGACUUACAUUUCGAGAUAUGCCGAGAAGGAAUAUUGAGGAAAUUCAUGAUUAUAUCAAAGACUCGCGAAUUGUAGAACUGGACAUUGUGUCUUCCGAAAUUCAAGGUACCUGGCUUUCCAAACUGUUUCCUUCUAUGGAGAAGUUGGGAGUUCAAAAUGUUCCAAUGUGCACUUCAAUGUUAACACAAAGUUUUGAAGCACUUAAACUGACGGAGAUAGAAGUAACACUUGACGAUGUACUAAUUUCGAGUUGCUCCGAACUUUUCAUAUGGCUCCACAGUCUCUCCGACAAAGACCUGAACCUCCUGAUGAAACUGUGGAUGAAAGGAUCGAUGCCCCGUUUGGAAUGUUUCGAGCUCUGGUUUCCUACACUUGAACAAGAGCGACUUGUCGAGAAGGAACUUUUCCAGGGGAUCAAGUAUACUAUUCAGGAAGCUGUGCAACGGGGAAAAAGAUUCGAAAUUGAGAGACUUGCUGAUGGGACGAAAGCAAUCGUCACGUUUGAUACACUCUUUUGUAAUUCAUUUUGUAUGACUGUCAAGGAGUAG